CCUUUCUCCUUUCCUGAGCAAGGACAGAGCCUCAGUGACAGUGUGGUGUCAGGGACCAGGGCCCUGCCUUCCUGCCGCACACAGUUCAAUAACCGUUGGCUGCCGUGGGUUCUUGCAGGGUUCCGGCUGGGCAACGUGGUCCACGCUGUGCAGGCCACUCAGCAGAGCAUCCACGCCACGGACCUCGUGCCCCGCUUCUGCCUGACCCUCGCCAACCUGAACCGGGUGGUUUACUUCAUCUGUGACACCGUCCUCUGGGUGAGGAGCGUGGGGCUCACCUCUGGCAUUAACAAGGAGAAGUGGCGACUGUGGGCCGCACGCCACUACUACUACUCCCUCCUGCUGAGCCUGGUCCGGGACCUGUACGAGAUCUCCCUGCAGAUGGAACAGGCCGCGCAGGACAAGGCAAAGAGGGACAGGUCGCUCUCCCAGGAUCCUCUGGGGCACAGCGUGGCCGAUGAGGAGACAGAAUGGCUCCAGUCCUUUCUCCUGCUCUUGUUCCGAUCGCUGCGCAAGCACCCACCCCUGCUCCUGGACACGGUGAAGAACCUCUGCGACCUCCUGAACCCUCUGGACCAGUUGGGGAUCUACAAGUCCAACCCUGGCAUCAUUGGGCUCGGGGGGCUCGUGUCCUCGGUCGCCGGCAUCAUCACGGUGGCCUGGCCUCACCUGAAGCUGAAGAUCCACUGAGGCGGCCCCAGGCUGAAGACUCGCACCUCUUGGGGGGACGGACAUUAGCGUUGGGCAUGGACCACGCUUGGGUCAGUCUGUGCUUAACGACUCGUUCGCAUGAGCGUUCAGUGACCUGGUGCGUGAGCGGAAGUCGGGCCAAGGAUGGAGGAGGGAGAGCAUGAAGAUGGACAUGUUUUGUGGAGUGCUGCGAUCACUUCUGAAAUUCUGAGUAUUUUCCCUUCAUCUAACAUUCAUUGCGCCUCUCUUCUGCACAUAGUAGGAGCUUCGUGUUUGCUGAAUGAAUAAACAUGGAAAGAAAACAAGUUUUUAAA